ACCAAAAAGUCCUCCAUUCAAAUUGCGGCGACGAAAUUGCCAACUCACUAUCCAAAUCCGAGGAGCUGUUCCUUCAAGAUGAUGCUGCAAAAGAAGAAUCGAACCGUGUGGAGCUUUUCAACCAGCAUUCGACCGCCCCGUUUCACGAGCAAAAGGCGAUCUUCUUCACAUCCGGUGCUGCGAUGGACAAAUUUGCAAAGUAUAAAAUUGUCGACCAGGGUGGACAGCAGCCAAGUUAUCUCAAAUCUUUUCUUGUUCAAACAAGUUCUUCCGCUGGAUUGGAAGGGAUCGAGUGGGAAAGUCCUGUGACGGUUUCUUGCCAGAUAAAAUGCUCAAAAACGACGUCACGAAAAUCAUCUUUUGAGUCAAAUACAUCUGAAGAUUUCUCUCAAAUAACUCCUUUUGUCGCUCCAGCAGCGCUAGAAAAAGCACCAGAAAAAGCUGACACAUCCGAUUUUCCCAGCGAAAAUUUUUCCUACAAAUCGUCCGAGCGACCUGUUUUUGCCCGGCCUCUUCAAAUAAGUCGUCCGUCAGUUCCUGUGCUUCAAGAGUCAAAUCGCGCGCUACCGGCGGAGUUCUCUGAUCUGGGCGUUUUGAAAAAGUGCAAAGUCCGCAAGCGAAACUUAGAGGAAAAAGUGCCUCUUGGUGGCAGCAGAUGGUCUUCGUCAAUUCAUCUUUACGAAAAUGUCGAAAGGAAGGAGAAUGAAAAUACUGUCAUUUACAAAGAAGACUCGAAAGUUGAACCAUUACCUCUUGCUCCUGAGAUACCAGUAGAGGAAGAAGGAAGAUAUCAUUCAGAUGUCGUCAUCAACAAUCACGAAGAAAUAACACGAGCGAGCUCCGACUCCAACAAAAUUCCUUCGACAAUUUACAGAUUUGAAAUCAAGACAGCGAAAAAAUUCUUCAGCAACUCCGUCACUCAAGCCACUCUUGUUAUUUUGAAUGAAGAUAACGACCGACUCGAGUUCUUUCUUACGAAUGAGAAACAUCUCAAAAAGAGAGAAAAAGGCGAGCCAAUCGCUCUGGAUGGAAUCUACGCGAACCAGAGAAAUGAGUACUCGUUUGAAGUUGUGGAUUCUUUUGGGAAAAUUAGCCAAUUGAAUCUAGAUCUGGCGAAAAAUCUCAGCGUUGAGUACAUAAGGCUUUAUGAAUUCGAGGACAGCGUAAAAUUCACAGAAAUUCCGAUUUCUUUCGGUGGAAAGCAAAAGCUUUAUAAAGGUGUCAAUUCUUUUCCUGUACUAACUGCAUUUUGA